CGCGCAUGUGCGCACAGUUGGCACGUGCGCAUUCCGGGGACCAUGGGAGCAAGGUGCGCCUGCGCAAGGGCCGGCGCUCGGUUCGGAGUCAGCGCCAGGCAAGGCGGCGUGUCGGGUGCGGGUCAUCGCUUUGAUUCUUUUUGCUUCUUGGAAGGUGACAUGCAUAUGCAGUUAAAUGACUGAUGACAGAAACUUGACUCAAAAUGCCUAAUUUCGAACAUCCAGAGUAUCCUGAAGCUACCUUGCUUCACUUGGAAAGUAUGGUGCCCUGUCGAGAAUCCCAAGUGUCAUCACUGUUGUCAAUAUUUGGAGAGCGUCAGCAUUUUAGCUUCCCAUCCAUCUUUAUCUACGGACAUACAUCUAGUGGCAAGACCUAUGUGAUGCAAACUCUUCUAGAAACAUUAGAGCUUCCUCAUGUGUUUGUGAACUGUGUUGAAUGCUUUACUUCAAGGCUGCUUUUAGAGGAAAUUUUGACCCAGUUACAGAGCCUUUCAUCUGAAAAUAAACAUGGUUCUCAUGUGCCCUGUGACACGUUUAAUGACUUUGUACGUCUGUUUAAGCAAGAAAUUAUUACUCAAGAUCUACAGAAUCAAACGGUAUAUAUUGUGCUGGAUAAAGCAGAGCAGUUGAGGGAAAUGGAGGCAAAUGUGUUGCCAGGGUUUCUUAGACUACAAGAAAUGACAGACAGAAAUGUCACUGUUAUUUUCCUUAGUGAAAUUGUGUGGGAACUAUUUCGUCCAAACACUGGAUGCUUGGAGCCAUUCACCUUGUAUUUUCCUGACUACAGCAUAGGAAAUCUACAAAAGAUUCUGUCCCAUUAUCAUCCUCCAGAAUAUUCUGCUGAUUUCUAUGCUGCGUACAUUAAUAUUCUUCUUGGUGUCUUCUACACAGUCUGCAGGGACUUGAAAGAGCUUCGACAUCUGGCUGCACUAAAUUUUACUAAAUAUUGUGAACCAGUAGUCAGAGGAGAAGCAAAUGAACGUGACACACGUCGUCUCUGGAAAAAUAUUGAAUCUCAUUUGAAGAAAGCAAUGCAGACCGUUUAUCUCCGGGAAAUAUCCAGCUCACAGUGGGAGAGAAUACAGCAGGAUGAUGGAGAACCUGGGCACUUGAAAGGACUUUCUGCACAUGCUCACGUAGAACUUCCUUAUUACUCCAAAUUCCUUCUAAUAGCUGCUUACCUUGCCUCCUAUAAUCCUGCCAGGACAGAUAAGAGGUUCUUCCUUAAGCAUCAUGGGAAAAUCAAGAAGACAAACUUUCUGAAAAAACAUGAAAAGACCAGCAAUCAUCUCCUUGGACCAAAGCCAUUCCCUCUGGACAGAUUGUUAGCAAUAUUAUAUAGUAUUGUGGACAACAAAGUUGCUCCAACUGCAAAUAUAUUUUCCCAGGUUUCCGGUGAAAGCCAUUGAAGGGCCAGAGAAAUCAAUGUCUUGCUUACCUGACCAUCCCCCACUUGUGAAUUCAUCCUGUGGACGGACUUAGCCAGUUGUGCUGCACAGUGUCUUUUGGGAAGGGACACACUAAUGGUGGUGGUGCCAGUGUCAGCCCUCCCUUUCAGGAGGGCUGCUGUUGGUUAACCCAGCAACAAGCAUUGGAACUCUGGCAGUGGAGAAGAAUGCGUUGCUGGCAAAGACCAUACUUCUGUGGGAAUCCCUAGGAGAAAGAUGAGCCAUAGUUUUGCUGCUUUUAGGUCAAAGUACAAGCCUUAUGUCUUUGCGUAGGCCUUCUCUCAAUAAUGGUAGCAGCAGAAAUGCCUGGCAGUAUCUCCUGAAAGACAACACUAAGAGUGAUCCCACUACAGGUAAACAUAGUGUGAGGAAAAGGUGGAGAGAUGGGUCCCUUAGUUAGACUGAAAUGUUACCUGUGUAAAUGGGGCAUACGUCUAACUGGUGCACUAGAAAUGCAUAGAUAGAUAAAAGGCCAGGUAUCUCUCAAUUGCUUAAAUUUUAGAAAGUAAAAAAUAUAUAGCCUUGAUACUUCUUUAUUCAUAACUAAUGAUUUUCAGGCACAGCUUAAAUAAAAACUGAAAUGUUUUAAUACAACUUCUGAUCAUAAGGACAGAAUGCAAAUGCAAUCUGUCUGAAAUAGAGAUGUUUGUCAUUAAUAUCUGGGGCAACCCUGAAUAUUUGAAUGAAGAUAAUCUCAGUUGCCCUGCUGCUAUCCACAUAUAGAACA